AUGGACCCUUUCCACUGGAUGGAAAAGAUCUUGAUUCUUGUUGCAAAUGAGGCUUUGACAAUCCUUCUCGUAACUGCUCCAGUCCUCCAUCAGCUAGGAGAAACGCCAGUUGUGCGGCUUUUGGAGAAUUUGAUCAUGAAGGGUGGCAGUAGUGUCAUGAUUAGUGAAGCGGAAGCACUUCGUCUUGUUGCCGCCAGAACCACCAUUCGAGGCCCACGAGUCCAUCGCUCAUUCGAGCAGCCCACAACUGGUAACAUGCGACUCGUUGUGUCGAAAAUGGUAGACAAAGAGAACACGCUGUCCGAGCUACGCGAAGAGGCCACCCGAGAAUCCCAGUCUGCUACAGUUCGAAUGGUAAAGCGUGAACGUAUCCUAGCCAACGACGAGGGUGCACGAUACCAUCAAGGCUGGGAGGCGGUCCUCCCAGCCUUGGAACAGAGCAUCGCUGUAUCCUCGAGCUUCGUCGAGCAACUCGCUGCACUAAGCUCGAGAAUUGCUGAACCAAAUUCGAGAAUCUGCUAA